UUUUUUUGAGAUCCGCCCAAGUGUUCAAUGAAUUUUCCCACUUACGUUGCAACGAAUUAUUAAAUUUAAUUUCAUGAGCUUUCUGAAAUCCAGUGUGUUUUUAGGGACCCUAACAACUUAUGCUAUUGCCCUGCCAGUUCCAAUCCGGCGGAGAAGAGACGAGAUGGGGAAUUCGCCGGCGAGGGAAGCCAUUGCCGUCGUCGUGAUGGUCUGCUAUAUGCAACUCCGGCUGGCUUUUGCUACUGUUCGUCUCACUGCCUUCUCCCUUUCCUUCGUCGACGCUCCCGCCACAUUUGCGUUAGGUGUGAACAAGACUGGAAUAUGUGGAGCUUUGCACUUGGCGGAUCCCCUGGAUGCAUGUUCUUCGCUGAUCAAUGGUUUUAGAUCUGACAGAGCUGAUGGAAAAAGGUUUGUUUUGAUUGUUAGGGGUAAUUGUGCUUUUGAGGAUAAAGUCCGAAAUGCGCAACGUGGUGGUUUUCAUGCUGCCAUCGUGUACGAUGAUCUAGACAAGCCAGAUUUGGUUUCGAUGGUAGGGAACUCUGAGGGCAUACAGGUGCAUGCAGUCUUUGUUUCAAAAGAAGAUGGUGAGAUCCUCAAAAGGCAUGCUCAGGGAGAAGAAAUUGAAUGCUGCAUCAACCAAUCACAUGAGGAAACAGCCGGCAAUGUGCUUGUAAUAUCUCUUGUCUCUUUAAUUGUCAUGUUAUCUGUCCUGCCAAUGAUCCUUAUCUCUCGCUAUCAUCGGAUGUAUCGACAACGAGCAUACCGCCCUUCUUCAAAUAUUGAUACGAAGAUGGUAGAAUCUCUUCCUUGUUUCACAUUCAGCCUUGCUCGCCCAAGUGACACUCGUGCAGUGGAAACUUGUGCCAUUUGUCUGGAGGACUACAAAAGUGGAGAAAAUCUCAGAGUUCUGCCCUGCCAACACGAAUUUCAUGCAACUUGUGUGGACUCUUGGCUGACCAAGUGGGGAACAUUUUGCCCAGUUUGCAAGCACAAUAUGAGCACUGAUGCUGGAUCUUCAGGAGAAACACUAGUAGGUUGAAUUUUGAGUAGUUGAUGUCAAGGCACCACAGAUGCGUUAUAGUUUUUGGUUAAUAUAGGGUUCUCAAUACCAAGCUGAAGAAUCGCCAUAGGUGUGGCUUCAGCAGCCAGUCCCUGUGGCAGAGAUGAAAUAGAGCAGGCUAGUACCUUUUUUAUCUAAUGCUUCUGGCCAUUCAAUCCAAACCAGGGUGCUGCAAGAAGUCAAGAGAAUGUUGUCAAAAGAGAAAAAAAAAAAAUUCUUCAGUGAUGAGGUUUAGCAAGCAAAUCGCAUGUGCAUCUGCCAACAGGGAGGUCUUUGGACGAGCUUCUCGCUAGAACAACUCCUCUCUGAGCCUGGGCAACCCAAUUACUCUACUAAGCCUAAGCCAGGGCACCUACCCGACUCAAGUGGAACAAAUUUUCUUGGCUGAGUCAUCAUGGGAAUAAUGGACUCUUGGCCGCCAAUUUCCAUAUAAAGGACAUAAUUAUAAAUACCCCUUUUAAGUUUUACUUUCAUAAAUGCUUCCUUUAAUUUUUAUUUUGGUGGAUUGAAUGCCUCUCAUAAGAGACUGGAGGAAGUUUUGCCUUUUUUUUUUUUUUUUUCCCAGAAAACUUCCAAUGAAAAUAUGCAUUAUAUUCUUA